CUCGAUUCAUCAGAGGCCGGAGAUGGCGAGGAAGAAGAUUCGAGAGUACGACUCCAAGCGCCUCCUAAAAGAGCACCUCAAGCAACUCGCCGGAAUCGAGCUUCAGAUCUCCUCAGCCCAGGUGACUGAGGCUACCGAUUUCACGGAGCUAACGGACAGGGAGCCAUGGCUCUCUUCCAAUCGGCUGGUGGUGAAACCCGAUAUGCAGAGCGGCCUGGUCGCGCUUAACUUGGAUCUUGCACAGGUGGCUCAGUUUGUUAAGGGACGCUUGGGAACCGAGGUUGAGAUGGGUGGAUGCAAAGCUCCUAUUACCACCUUCAUUGUUGAGCCCUUUGUGCCCCAUGAACAAGAGUAUUACUUCUCCAUCGUCUCAGAGAGGCUUGGUUGCACUCUCAGCUUCUCUGAGUGUGGCGGUAUUGAAAUUGAAGAGAAUUGGGAGAAGGUUAAGACGGUCUUCCUCCCUACAGAGAAAUCCAUGACUUAUGAAGUCUGUGCUCCAUUGAUUGCUACUCUUCCUCUGGAGAUUAGAGGCAAAAUUGGGAACUUUAUAAAAGGAGUCUUUGAUGUCUUCCAAGAUCUGGAUUUCAGUUUUCUUGAGAUGAAUCCGUUUACGUUGGUUAAUGGGGAGCCUUAUCCAUUGGAUAUGCGAGGAGAGUUGGAUGACACGGCCGCUUUUAAGAACUUUAAGAAGUGGGGGGACAUUGAAUUUCCGCUUCCUUUCGGCAGGGUUCUGAGCCCGACGGAAAGCUUUAUCCACUCCUUGGACGAAAAGACCAGUGCUUCGCUUAAGUUCACGGUCUUAAAUCCGAAAGGGCGGAUAUGGACAAUGGUGGCUGGUGGCGGUGCCAGUGUCAUAUAUGCUGACACAGUUGGUGACUUGGGCUAUGCAUCAGAGCUCGGAAAUUAUGCCGAGUAUAGUGGCGCUCCGAAAGAGGAUGAAGUUCUGCAGUAUGCCAGAGUUGUUCUUGAUUGUGCUACAGCGGAUCCCGAUGGCCGCAAGAGAGCUCUUCUUAUCGGUGGUGGCAUAGCGAACUUCACUGAUGUUGCGGCUACUUUCAAUGGAAUUAUAAGAGCCUUGAGGGAAAAGGAAUCAAAAUUGAAGGCAGCAAGAAUGCACAUUUAUGUUCGAAGAGGCGGUCCGAAUUAUCAGACUGGUCUGGCAAAGAUGCGAGCUCUUGGAGAUGAACUUGGUGUUCCUUUUGAGGUUUAUGGCCCUGAGGCAACAAUGACAGGAAUCUGCAAGAGAGCCAUCGACUGUGUCAUGUCUGCUGCUUGAUCCACCUUUAUUAAUUUCUUCUUCUUAUUAUUUUUUUCAUUCUUCUCUGAGUUCUCUUUAAUAUGGCAGUGAGAAUAAUGAAAUUAUUUCAACUCUUCAAUCUUAAAUGAUUUUAUUGUGUUAUGAGGUUUCUUUAUGUAUGCAACUGAGUGAAAUUGUUUACUAUUUGAUUUUAUUUUA